UUUAAUCGACUCUUGAGCAAUUGCAUUAUUUUUGUGUUUAUAGAAAUGCUAAGUAUCAUUCAUUACCAACGCUAUGCCCAGUGUUGACAUAUACAGGAUAUCUGUUCCGUAGACAUAUUUGACAAUCACAUUACAAAGACGACAAAAUCUAAGACUUGACACUCUGGAGUGGUGGAGAAGCGACUUCUGUGAAGUUUGAUCAGGAAGCUGAAUAUGGCUAGUGCGAUUAAAACUGCGAUCAGAUUUAUUGAUAUUGGUGUGAAUUUAACAGAUCCUGUUUUUAGAGGAAUUUAUCAUGGGUCUAAAAAACAUGAAGAUGACUUUGCUGAUAUCUUAAACAGAGCAUUUGAAUAUGGCAUGACAAAGAUGAUGAUCACUGGAGGGAGUUUAAAGGAUUCAGAAGAAGCUUUGGUGUUAUGUAAAUCACAUGGGGCUCUCUAUUGUACUGUGGGGUGCCAUCCUACGAGAUGUGGAGAUUUUGAUAAAGGUAGUGACCCUCAAAAGUACCUCGAUGACCUUUUCACUUUGGUGAUGGACAACAAGGAACGUGUUGUGGCUGUAGGAGAAAUGGGAUUAGAUUUUGACAGACUCCAUUUUUGCCCUAAGGAUACGCAAAUGAAAUAUUUUGAGAAACAGAUGGAUCUGGCUGAGAGGACAAAGUUGCCUUUAUUUCUACACUCACGGAAUGCACAUAGAGAGUUCAUAGAUAUCAUCAAGAGAAACAGAGAUCGCAUUGUGGGAGGAGUGGUCCAUUCCUUUACUGGAACAAAGGAGGAAGCUGCAGAAAUAAUACAGCAAGAUCUGUAUAUAGGAAUUAAUGGCUGUUCUCUGAAAACACAAGAAAAUAUUGAUGUGAUGUGCUCCAUACCAGCCAACCGAUUAAUGAUUGAAACAGAUGCUCCCUGGUGCGACAUUCGUCCUACCCAUGCAGGGUCAAAGUUUAUCAAAACAACCUUUCCGUCCAAAAAGAAAGAGAAGUGGGAAAAAGGAGUGUGCAUCAAAGGUCGAAAUGAGCCUGUUCAUAUUAUCCAAGUUUUGGAGGUGAUGGCUGCUGCGAGAAAUGAAGACAUCAACGAUUUAGCAAAUAAGAUGUAUGAAAAUACAUGUAAAAUAUUUUUUAAUUGUGAAAGCUGAUUUGAAAAUAUUUAUUAUUAUAAAAUAAAUCUGAGAAGUAA